AUGGAAGGAAUCUAUACUAAACAAAGAGCAUCAACAGCUGGUCAUGUUCAACGUCGAUUACCAUCUAGACAAACAAGUCGAGCACGUCUCGCUUCACCAUCAACAUCUGUUUCUGAUGAUAGACCAGAUCUUAUUAUUCAACAAUCAAUGGAUCAAAUAUCUGUACGAAAUGUAUUUGAUUUAUUUUCGAAAUUUGAUAAAUGGGAUGUAACUGAAUUACUUACUGCACGUGAUACACAUUGGCUUUUAGCAAAUGCAGAUAUAUAUAAAGCACCAACUGAAAAUCCAACUGGAUUAAUACGACAGUUACAAGCAUUUAGCGAAUCUCAUCUUGAUAUUUUAUUUCCAGUUGAUGAUGAUGUUCCACGUCUUGAUACUCGUGAAAUUCAUCAAUUAUUACGUGAAUUAACAAUUGGGGUUUAUUCUCUUAAUGCACAACCAUUAUUAAGUCUUGAAGCUAAUUUUGAUCUUAGUUCAACAUGUCAAAUACCAACAGCUUAUAUCGAUACACGUCUUGGACAAAUUAUGAUAAAUUGUGAUGCUUGGCUAAAAUCUGUAUGGCAUGGAGUUUUUAUGUCAAGAGAAAAACGUGCUAAAUUUACUGAUCGUUGGCGUCAUACAAGCGAAUCUUCCUUAACACGUUCAGUUAUACAUGAAUUUGAAGCAGCAGGUUUACAAGAUAUAAGUCAAGAUUCUGAUUAUACUCAAGCAAAAAAUUCUUUUCAAGCUGAACCAAAAUCCGAAGAACAAGCACAUUCCGACGAUCAAUUUUUAGUUUCAUAUGCUGAUGAUUUAUCUAUGGUAUUAACACUUUAUCUUGAUCAAGUAUCUCAAUGGAAAAAUUGUUUAAUGUUUAAUGGAAAUUAUACAAUCCAAUCACAAAUAAAAACCAUUCAAGAAAAAUUAGAUAAUCAACAAUUUCAACGUUUAAAAUCUUUACUUCAAGUUCAUGAAAAUUAUUUACGUAAAACAUUUCCAUUAAAAGCUGAAGUUCGAAAAUAUAUUUAUCUUCUUGAAUUUUCUUGUUUUUUAUUUACUCUACUUGUUGGACUUAAACGUCGUAUGAAAAAAAUUCCAAAUAUGAAUCGAUUAUUACCAAUGUUUAUCGGUGAAGACGUUCGGACUGAACGAGAACUUCCACCAUUUAUGUAUAUGAAAAAGCAAUCAACAAAUAUAUUUCCUAUUGAUGAUGAAACAAUGUUUCAUUUACAUGGUGGUAUUCAAUUUGAAUAUGAAACACGUUCACUUAAUAAGAAACUUUCUCAAAUGUUGAAUGGAAAAAAUGAAUCAUUACUUGAUCCAUCUCGUCGAAUUUUAUAUGGAUAUUUGGAUAUACCUAAUUCACCUAAUAUGGAAUAUCAUUUACCUAUUGUAGAAAUUGAUGGAAAAAAGUAG